AAAUAUGAAAAGACAUUCAGCCAUUCUUUGGGCUACCAUAAGCCUGAUGCUAGUUCACCUCUCACAUUGUAACACAAAUGCAGGCGCUGGCAACCUGGAUCAUAUCGAUGGGACUACUGGUAUCGGGUUCGAUCUGGGAAGCGACCACGAGUCUUCACUACAGUCAUUAUCGUCGUCUUCAAGCAAAUGGUUUAAUGAAGAGGGUGAAAUGAUGGCAGGAAUCAGAUCCAAUUUGCUGCGAUCAAUCUUAAGGAACGCUAUAAUCGACCUAAGGCGAUACCUGACAUUUAUCGAUGCAACACCGAAUCGCGAUGUAUCGGCUGUAGAUGACACAACCGCAGGCGACGCGCGCGUAUCUGGAAUGGAUGCGUUGCCCAGCAACGGGAAAGCUGUACAAGACGGCGGCGAUGUUGUUUCUCUUCCAAAACGAGGCUCGGUCCAGCAGCAUGCGCCGUUGAGGAAGCGGCAGCUGAAUGCAAUCGAACGAGCCGUGAUUCGACAAGAGAUCUUGCGGAGGUUGGAGGAGAGCAAAAACCCCAUGGAAAUUCCAAUCGGACUUCGUUUUCGGAGAGCGCACGGCAAUGGAGGAUUUUCCAGUCACUAUCCCAUCGUUCCUUUCGUGGACUCGUUCUUCCCUUCGUAUCACCCUCUCGGAUCAUUUUCAACAAGACAUUUGUCAUUAAAUAGUUUUCUAGAUAGGCCUGUGCUACGAUAUUGAAGCCAUGCUGCCCACCAGUCACACCAGUCAGUUCGACACCCAUUGAUUCAAUGAUAUAAACGUAUUAUUUUUGCUAUUUUCCCACUAUUUUGGUGUUAAAUGUUCAAAUCCAUGGAGUAAGAACCUGAGGGAAAUGGGCUUGUCAGGGGCCCGUUGCAGAAAGAGUUGCAAUCAAUCGCAACUCUAAAAAUUACGCGCAACCUGAUUUUCAACCAAUCCAUAGCGCGCAUUUUGAGAUUUGCGAUUGAUUCUUUGGCUUGCGUUUAAACACAACUCUUUUUGCAACGGGCCCCUGACCGUUAACGGGGCUCCGUAACACAAAAGUUUGCGAUGAAUUUCAAAUGUGAAAGAACCAAACUGAUUGGUUUCUGGUCAGUAUUUUAAACAAAAUGAGCGUGUAACAUCGAUCUUUAUUGGCCAGUCCAUUUAGCGAUUGAUCGCUAAUCUUUGCGUUACGGAGCCCUGGUGUUCUACUUAAUAACAUUACCUAUUGGAAUGAACACAGUGUCCCACAGUGUGUGCCACAGCGUGUUCACAGUGUGGAUCACAAUGUGAAAUCACCUUCACACUGUCAAAUUUGAGAAAUUUAACAGUGUGAAUCACAGUUAUAUUCAAAUAGUCAACUGUGUGAACAGACUGUGGACAGUCACACGGCCGAGUUGUCCACAGUGUGAAAAUAUCUUCACACUAUUAAAUUUGUGAAUUUUAACAGUGUGAUUCACGUAUUCAAAUAGUCGACCGUGUGAACAGACUGUGAACAGUCACACUGCCUAGGUGUCCACAGUGUGAUAAUAUCUUCACACUUAAACUUGAAAAUUUAAAAGUGUGAUUCACAUACUCAAAUAGUCGACCGUGUGAACAGUCACACUGCCGAGGUGUCCACAGUGUGAAAAUAUCUUCACACUGUUAAAUUUGAGAAUUUUAACAGUGUGAUUCACAUACUCAAAUAGUCGACCGUGUGAACAGUCACACUGCCGAGGUGUCCACAGUGUGAAAAUAUCUUCACACUGUUAAAUUUGAGAAUUUUAACAGUGUGAUUCACAUAAUGAAAUAGUCGACCGUGUAAACAGACUGUGGACAGUCACACUGUCGAGGUGUCCACAGUGUGAAAAUAUCUUCACACUGUUAAAUUUGUGAAUUUUAACAGUGUGAUUCACGUAUUCAAAUAGUCGACCGUGUGAACAGUCACACUGCCUAGGUGUCCACAGUGUGAAAAUAUCUUCACAGUUAAACUUGAAAAUUUAAAAGUGUGAUUCACAUACUCAAAUAGUCGACCGUGUGAACAGUCACACUGCCGAGGUGUCCACAGUGUGAAAAUAUCUUCACAGUUAAACUUGAAAAUUUAAAAGUGUGAUUCACAUACUCAAAUAGUCGACCGUGUGAACAGUCACACUGCCGAGGUGUCCACAGUGUGAAAAUAUCUUCACACUGUUAAAUUUGAGAAUUUUAACAGUGUGGUUCACAUACUAAAAUAGUCGACCGUGUGAACAGACUGUGGACAGUUACACUGUCGAGGUGUCCACAGUGUGAAAAUAUCUUCACACUGUUGUAAUUGAGCAUUAUAGCAUUGUGAAUGAUAUAUUUACAUAGUCCUCUAUUUGAACAUUCUGAGAUCACGCUGGGCGAGAGUGGUUUCAACAGGAUUUUAUGUUUUCUUAUGUACACUUCGAAGAAAAAUAAAUGUAAUUCAAAUUUUUAAUGAAUAAAAUUAAUAUACAGUGUCUACAAGAAUUAUCUGUACACUACAUAUAACAAUGCAAAAUGAGAACAGGAACUAUGUUGGAACCAAAAAAAUCCUAAGUUGGCCAUCAUAAAGUAUAAUGAAUUCUAUAUCAUAUAAAAGAGGGAAUUUUAGCAAUCACUUUGCACCUAGUUGGAAAUUAUAAUUGGUCAUGCAUGAACUACCAUGAAUUAUGAAAUGCAAUAAUGCAUACUUUUAGACCUUUCUGCGAUUAUUGAAGCGUAGCGCGCAACGGUUCAUUGAUCAUGACUUAUUUCCUAUUUUUCUGAGAGAUGAGAUGAUUCAAUAUGCUUUCAUUCUUAAUAUUUAAGUAGGUUGUACGGAUUUCGUUAACAAUUUUAAACAAAUUGAUGCCUGACUGCUGUUGCCUCAUUGACUUUUGCCCAGGGGUGUAAUUUGAUUCAUUUUUAACAUAUCAUUUCCUGUCAAAAUGAAUAUAUAUUGGAAGAGAACGUAUGGCCUUUGUUUUGUAACUACAUCCAAUUAGUGAUCAGUCAUGCAAUACUGAUUAUGAAUUGUUAUAUGCAACAAUGCAUAGUUUCAGAGCUUGCUCUGAUUAUUGAAGCGUAUUACCAAACGCUUCAUUGAUCGUGCCUUAUAUCCCUUUUCCCCACGAGUUUAGUCCAGGAUAGAAGAGGCAUAACCUUGUUUUUUUUAUAUAUACAAUAUUUUUUUAUGGUUUCUUGUCA